UGCGCCAUAUUUGGUUUCCAGUUUGGGCUAAGUACAACCUACUCAAGUAUUUAGCCUCAGUAGGGCACCAAAAUAAGGACAAAUUCCUGAGAGUCUUUUCCUUUUCUGCUUCUUCUUCACGACGCUUUAUAUCCCUUUUUCUUUGUUUUGUUUUCAAUUUCACAAAUAAUGGCUAUUAAGAAUGAAAUUAUUACUUCGACAGAUUUGGGUGACAACGAAAUUGGGAAUAUCAGCACUUGGAGCAUUCCCAAAAUGAUUUCUCUUGUAAAAUCCACUUUUCGUUCCAACGAUUUCGCCAUGGUAGAAAAGGAAUUUUUGGCGAGAGAGCAGAAAUCAAAGCUGGAAAUCGAGUCACUGAAACAGGCAAAGGAUUCAUUUUCCUACAAAUUCGAAGAAGAGAGGUUGGAAAAAAUGGGUUUUGCGGAUGAUCUGAGGAAAUGCAAGAAAGAAUUGGAGGACAUGAGGGGUGAGGUUUCGAAGUUGCGGGAAGAAAAUAUGGUUUUGAGGGAAAGAGGAAAGUCUGCUGAGGAAAGGUGUAAUAGAUUGUCGGAGGAAGUGAAGGGUAUGUAUGAGAAACAACACGAAAUUAUAAAUUUGAGAAGCAAGAAUUGCGAGCUUGAAAAUGAGAAAGCCAAAGCUGAAUCUGAGUUGGAAAUACUGAGGAAGAGAUUCGAGGAGUUGGAUAAGAGGGUUUUAUGUUUAGAGACUGGUUUUAAUACUCUACAAGAUGAAGAUGAUUCCAAGAACAACAAUAGGAUUGGGGGAGAAAUUGGGGUUUCCGAAAAUGGGAGGCUAAAACCUAUUGAAGCUAACGGUUAUUCACCAAAUGCUGGGAGUUGGAGACCUCCAUCUCAAAACGUUGUUGAGAUUGUUGAUAUCGAUAGUGAUGAUGAUUGUGCACCAGUAGAAAAUCCGAGUGUGGAAACUGCGACUCCAACUCUCAAAAGAAAACAAACUUCAACUACAGAUGUAGGUGAGGGUGAAAAUGGUAAUAACGAUGCAUUAUCUGAGAAGUUAAGGAUGAGGAAACGUCAAGAGCCUAUUUGCAGGCCUAAUGGUUGUCCUGUUAAUCAUUGCUCAACGACAACAAUUGUUUCUGAUAUCAAUGAGGUUAACAGAGGCUCUGCCACACCAAGGGAAGAUGUUAUGGAUUCAGUACAGCCUGAACAUCGAACGGAGUCUGAGCAUAGGUCUGGGGAUCUUAUCAAUGGCUUUCCUUUGGCUGGGCUUUGUUUCUCCGAGGAAAGUUCUGUUUCCUCUGAUACUGACUCUGAUGAUGACAGUGAUGGAUUUAUUUCCAUCAACCAUUCUCAGCCUGCACCAGAGGUUCAGAAGGAAAACAAAAAUUAGCCAUUGGAAAUGGAUGGCUACUUUCUGUUUUUAGAUAUGAGAACCAAACAAGAAGUUUGUCACAUUGUGCCAAUUGACAAUUUAUCUCCGGUGCACACAGGUAUUGCUACAGAAGCUAUUCCAAUAUCUCCUCUGCCCUUUCUUCUUUAUGUUCAUUUUAGUAAAGGUGAUGAUGAGAUAGUUUCGCUUGAUGGCUUGAAUAUGGGUUCUCAUUGAAACUAGUUACAUGCAUAAGAACCAUUAUAAAGAAAGAAAGAGAGAUGUAGAGUGGAGUAGAGGUUGAUUCUUGAUUUUUUCUAACAUUAAGUUUGAUGAUCCAUGUAUAGAUUUGAACCUUUGUACUCUUCUUUAUGAUAGCAUGACAUAAUAUUUCCUUUUGGCAUGAAA